GGCAGGAGAACUCGGGCGUUCCGGUGGGUUCGGAAGAGAAGUUAUCUAUCAGCGCGAGCCCCAGCAGUGCUCAGUUAAAGACAGAGAGAGACAGGCGGCGGCAGGGGAGGCACUGCGACCCUCUCGGGGGGGCAGAUUAUAACAACAAUAUAUACACACACACACAUUAUAUAUAUACACACACGCACCCAGGCCGCAAAAUAGGCCCUAUGUUUAUUCUAGAUUUUCUUUUUUUAUAAACAUAUUUUAAAAAAUGCCUAUUUUACUUUUUCUGAUAGACACGUCCGCUUCUAUGAACCAGCGGACUUAUUUGGGUACGACGUAUCUGGACAUCGCUAAAGGCGCGGUUGAGAUCUUUAUGAAGCUGCGUGCCCGAGACCCUGCUAGUAGAGGCGACAGGUACAUGCUAGUUACAUUUGAUGAGCCACCAUACGGAGUUAAGGCUGGCUGGAAGGAGAAUCACGCCACCUUUAUGAACGAGCUGAAGAACCUGCAUGCUUUGGGGCUGACCACACUGGGCCAGGCGCUGCGCUCCUCCUUUGACCUGCUCAACCUCAACAGGCUGGUGUCCGGCAUCGACAACUAUGGACAGGGAAGAAACCCCUUUUUUCUGGAGCCCUCGGUGAUCAUCACCAUCACUGAUGGGAGCAAGCUGACUCACAGCUCUGGCGUGCAAGAGGAGCUGCACCUGCCCCUGAACUCGCCCCUGCCGGGCAGCGAGCUGACGAAGGAGCCGUUCCGCUGGGACCAGAGGCUGUUUGCGCUGGUGCUGCGUCUGCCGGGCGCCUCCUCCCUCGAGCCGGAGCAGCUGGGCAGCGUCCCCACAGACGAGUCUGCCAUCACGCAGAUGUGCGAGGUCACUGGAGGCCGGUCUUAUUGUGUCCGAACCCAGCGGAUGCUGAAUCAGUGCUUGGAGUCGCUGGUGCAGAAGGUGCAGAGCGGAGUGGUGAUCAACUUUGAGAAGACAGGACCUGAUCCGCCGCCUGUGGGGGAAGACGGUCUUGUUGACCCAGCCAGGCCCACAUCCUCGUUCUCUCCCCAGCCAUGGCACAGCUGCCACAAAGUGAUCUACGUGCGCCCCAACCCCAAAACCGGCGUACCUGUCGGACACUGGCCCAUCCCCGAAUCCUUCUGGCCCGAUCAGAACUCCCCCACUCUGCCUCCCCGGACUUCCCACCCCAUUGUACGGUUCUCCUGUGUGGACUGUGAGCCCAUGGUGAUCGACAAGCUGCCCUUCGACAAAUACGAGCUGGAGCCCUCGCCGCUCACACAGUACAUCCUGGAGCGCAAGUCCCCGCACGUGUGCUGGCAGGUGUUUGUAAACAGCAGUGGGAAGUACAGUGACCUGGGGCAGCCUUUCGGGUACCUGAAAGCCAGCACUACCUUAACCUGCGUCAACCUCUUUGUGAUGCCUUACAACUACCCAGUCUUAUUGCCAUUGUUAGAUGACUUGUUCAAAGUGCAUAAACUGAAACCUAACAUGAAAUGGCGCCAGGCUUUUGAGACGUACCUGAAGAACAUGCCUCCUUACUUCUUAUUGCCAUUAAAGAAGGCGUUACGAAUGAUGGGAGCCCCAAAUCUGAUCUCUGAUAACAUGGACUGUGGGCUCAGCUACAGCGUCAUCUCUUACCUCAAGAAACUCAGCCAGCAGGCUAAAAUGGAGUCGGACCGGCUCAUAGUGUCUGUUGGUAAAAAGCCUCCCCAGGAAACGGGGAUCAAAGUUAAGAACCACUCCAAUGCACUUUCACUGGCACACCGCAAGGAUUUCAAACAGCUCCUGCAGGGGAUCACUGGGGAGGCCCCCCUCAUGCUCACCGAUAUCAACCUGAAGGAGUUUGCAGGCUUCCAGAUAGCACUAUUGAACAAGGACCUGAAGCCGCAGGCGUACAGGAACGCGUUUGACAUUCCCCGGAGGAAUCUCCUGGAUCAGCUGACCCGAAUGAGGUCCAACCUGCUGAGAACAACGCAGAAACUCAUCCGCGGACAAGAUGAAGACUACCUGCACAGCAUCCCUGUGGCUCAGAUGGGGAAUUAUCAGGAGUACCUGAAGAUGAUGACGUCACCCCUCCGAGAAAUCGACCCGGACCAGCCGAAACGCCUGCACACAUUCGGGAACCCUUUUAAACAGGACAAGAAGGGAAUGAUGAUUGAUGAGGCGGACGAGUUUGUGGCGAGCCCCCAGAACAAGCUGAAGAGGAGCGCAGGAGACCCCAACUCUGCUGCGGCCCUGAAGAGACGGAGGAGCAUGUCCCCCUUGCUUCGCCGGCCGCAGACGCCCCCCAUAAUCACUAACCACGUGGUGGGCAAGGGGCCACCCUCCUCCCCCGGGGGACAGAGCCACCAGAACUUAAUCAAACCCAUCCCACUGCAAAAAGGCGUGGAGGUGAACAGCGUGAUGGUAGUGGAGAGUAACGGGGAGAGGAAGCCUGAGAACUGGACGGCGCUGGACGGGUUAGAAGUGACGUCCCUGACCCCUGAGGACAGACUGACGGGGACAGCGGUCGAGGCAGAGUCCCAGCCGGAGGAUGUGGGGUGUCUGAGUGAGGACGGGCUGGACGACAGGCCAGACCCUGUUGCUGUGGACAGAGGGGCAGGCCCUGCUGAGAACUGUGAGGAAGGGGCUCCUCCAGACCAGGAGGGGGCGAUGGAGAGCAGUGCCGAGUCCGCAUUGCCCGGAGCACUCAGGGUUGGCAGUGUCCUGCCUCUUGAUGGGUCCAAUGCAGAGCUCCGGUCUCGGGUCUUAAAGGAGGUUCGCAAGCCAGGCAGGAAUUAUGAGACAGUAUUCCAACUACUUGAAGAAGUGAAGGGACCUCUGGAGGUGCAGAGAUACUUCAUCCACCACACCAUCAAGGAGGCAGCCAGGUUUAAGAAGCGGGUGCUGAUCCAGCAGCUGGAGACUGCACUGGAGGAGAUGGAGGAGAAGUACCGGCCCAACAGCGUGAACAACGUCCACGACAGGUAACCAGGGCCCCGCGCUGCACCUGUGGAGAAACGCCUGCCCAACAGCGGGCAAAGGCUCGAGCGCCACGGACGAACCGCCAGAGUGCGACGAAGACGGAGCGGUUUACCGGAGAGGGAGGAGGGUACGAGAGGAGAAGGGCCUGGCCAGCCAAACCUUCCCUCUCCGCCUCCCCUUUUUUUGCCAAAAUCCUGCCAGCAUAAGCCAGGCUCCUCGGUGCUCAGGAUAACCUCCGCAGUGACUGAAUGACUCGAGGAGGGAGAGGGAGUAGCAGGGGGACUCUUAGUUUCCUCACAAGUCUAAACACGUUCCAAGUGUGGGCGGUCUAGACUUCCACCUGCCCCAAGGGCUAUGGCACAGAGCAGCCAUUGACUGUUGCUACCCCACGUGAGGGUAAAGGUGGGGUGGGAGGAUGACAACAUUGGACAUAGGACCAAUGCCUGAAAUAAUAAAUAUUGCACAUCAGUAAGGUUACCUUGAUGAUAAUUGAAAAGGUGAGUGGAGGAUGUCACAGCUUUGCAGAAAUACAUCCCAGCUUCUUUUAAUCCAUCUCACACCCACAUACCCUCCACCGUCAUAUACAUCCAAGCAACAGGGUAGAGUUCAAAUCUGCAACUGUGAUUUUUAAUAAGACUUCAGACUGUUAAGCAGAGCUGCACCCUCCCCAGACCCAAGAGACGGGCAUGUGUCACAGCAGUGAGCAGGAGAAGGCGGGGUGAGGGUGUGGGGAUUUGUAAAGAUUAGGAGUAAUUACCCACAGCCCUGCUCCUCCUGUUCAUUGACACCAAUGAAAACCCUGUGACUCGAUGAGGAAACUUUAAUCUACCUCAGGCUUUUUGUUUUUCAUUCUUAAUCCUCUGUCUGCAACUUCUUUUCGUUUUUUUCCCCACCAUUUUUAGAAUUGGGUCGUACAAGGCAAAGAAACUCGCAUAAAAAAAAAUGGACCUGGGCAGCUCCCAACCCGACCCGACCUGACCAGACUAGGCCUUUAUUGACCAACAAGACUGUUCUAAUCGAUUGAAGCGUCCAGCAGCACUUGCAAAAUAAGGUUUCCUUUGAAAUGUGCAACAUGUUGCCUAAAGCUCCAAACCCAAUCCUGCAUUUUGGUUUUCGUUAAUCUGGUCCAUUGCAGCUUGCAGCAGGCAUGUCCAGAUCGCUCGAGCAGUUGGUACGAGGCAGAAGUGCGUAAAUCUGCGCUUUUUGCUUUUAUUUUAACGGUAAUGAUUGGUUGUGCAUUCUGUUUGCUCAAAUACAAUUUUAGGUUUUCAGUUUGAUUGAUCUGUGCUUGAUCGUGAUCACACAUCGCUUUGAGCUCAGAGUUUUGAUUUCCCAAGGUUAUGAUGGAAACGGAAGCACAUAGCUGGAUAUUUAGACGGGUUUGAUGGAAAGUGUUAAAGGUAGUCUGGGUCUAUCUGGUCAGGUUUGAACUGCAGUCCAUGUCUGUUUGGUUCGGUUCAUUUAGGCUGGUUUGAUUGUUCCCAUAUUGUCCCAAUCUUUCCCAGUACUUAAGCAAUCCGUAAUGGUUUUGUUUUUUUAAUGAAAGUGUAUUUUACUUUUUAAUAUUCAUACAAAAAAAAUAACAAAGAGAUUAUUUUUGGACAGUAUUCUUACCAGACCGUAAGAUAAAAAAUAUUUUAAAGAAAAUAAACUGUAUAAAAAGAACUUUUUGUAACUGUUAUUAUAUAAUAUAAAUGAACAUUUUAUUAAAUCUUUUUUUAAAAAAAGAAAAAAAUAAAUGUCAGAGAAAAAAUAGUGUUGCCGUUUACAUGUGUGGAGUGGACGCUGUAUUAACCACAUGGACAAGGUAGAGUGGAAGUGAUGAACCAUGUGUGGGCACCUAACUUAAAACUACAAAGUACCUGUUUUCUGCAGCCUUCCAUCACACGUGCUGUGUGUCAUUUCAGCCCCACCUGUGCUAAAUGACUUGGGUAUUAGGGCAGCUUUUAGCUGGUCCCUUGAGCAGUUGUAAGCAGGUUUGCCUGUACAGUGUGAAUGUGUGCAUUGGGUGCUCGCCGUCUCCUCUUAACCGUAUCUGUGAAGGCAGCUCAUGAAGAGCAGCAGUAAAAGUAGCCAGGAUGAGAAACACCAGGGUUAACUACCAUACUUUUUAAAAAUAUUUUUAUCCUCCCAAGUCUUAUUACAGAUGUCGUCCAGUUCUGUUUUAUUCUGUUACACAACAUGCCAAGUCCCAGUGUCACAAAACACCUUGGUUACUGUUUGUCAAAGCUGUUUCCUCCAGGAUGUCUGAAAGGAAACCAAAACUCAAGUGUUAUGAAACUAGUAUCAAGCACUAAAAUCUGCUGAAGCAGUUCCUUACUAGUUUAUUUUCUUUUAAAGAUAAUAAUGCAUGCAUUGUGUUCUAUAUCCACUACGGGCCAUGGGUCUACCACUGUACUCAUUUUAAUCACGAGUGUUCAUUGCAAACCUUCUCCCAAGUUUUUAUUUCAACCAGGAGCAAAAUGUGGUUUUUAUACAUGGAUCUGUUUUCCAGUGCGAUAAAACUGUGCCUAUUGACAGUCUCUGGGACUUUAAACAGCAGGAGAUAGAGUAGCUCUCAAGCCAGCAGUGAUCAAUUCACA